AUGCGUCUUGACUCUUGGCCGGCUUUUCAAAUGUAUAUAAAGGCUGCUGAAUCCCCUCGAAGAAUCAGAACAACAACUCUCUUCUUCCCAGUUUCCAAAAGUCUUUCAAUCUCCAAGUCUUCCAUACCAAAAGUUAUCCACCUUUACCUUCUACCAACCUCCAUCAAACACAAACACCUCCAAACACUCAAAAUGUACACCAUCACUCCCACCGCCAAGUUCCUUGUCCUCUCUCCCGUCCUGAACGGCCCCGACCGCAAAGUCGAAGCUCCCGCCCACAAGUUCCUCGUCUUGUCGCCUACCCAGACUGGCCCUGACUCCGGCGUCUCCAGCCAGGCCUCGUUGAGCCCUACUCUCACUGCCCAAGGACGUGGACGGUCCGACAGCUACUCCUCGACCAGCACCAACGAGUUGUAA